AUGGCAUUCAAUUUCUCACAAAGCUCAUUGAAGCAAUUCAUUAGAGCUGUGCGCGCAUCGAAGACUAUCGCCGACGAGAGAGCUGUCAUUCAAAAGGAGAGUGCAGCGAUACGAGCUUCAUUUCGAGAAGAGUCUGCGGAUUCUUCAAUCCGUCGCAAUAAUGUUGCGAAGCUUCUUUAUCUAUUCACGCUCGGUGAGAGGACACACUUCGGCCAGAUCGAGUGUCUCAAGCUCCUAGCCUCGCCACGGUUUGCCGAUAAACGACUGGGGUACCUUGGGACUAUGUUGUUGCUAGAUGAGAAUCAGGAGGUUUUGACAUUGGUCACGAAUUCUCUCAAGAAUGACUUAAACCACAGCAAUCAGUACGUUGUCGGAUUGGCGCUAUGUACUUUGGGAAACAUCGCAUCGACAGAAAUGGCACGAGAUUUGUUCCAGGAGAUCGAAGGCUUGCUAUCGACAGCGAAUCCAUAUAUACGGAAAAAGGCGGCUCUUUGCGCCAUGAGGAUAAUACGCAAGGUUCCAGAUCUCCAGGAACACUUUAUCGAGAAGACGAAGUUACUUUUGCAGGAUAGAAAUCACGGGGUCUUGUUGUGCAGUCUUACGUUAAUCAUCGAUCUUUGCAUUCACGAUCCCGACCUUGUUGAGCAGUUCAAGACGUACACACCGGUCCUAGUGAAACAACUGAAGGCAUUGACGACAGCAGGGUAUGCGCCGGAGCAUGAUGUUACUGGUGUUACCGAUCCGUUCCUUCAGGUUAAGAUACUUCAGCUGUUAAGAGUAAUGGGCAAAGGUGAUUCCGGAGUGAGCGAACAGAUCAACGAUAUCCUAGCACAAGUUGCUACAAACACCGACUCUUCGAAGAAUGUUGGCAAUUCGAUUCUAUACGAAGCUGUUCUUACAAUCUUGGAUAUUGACGCCGAUAGCGGGUUGCGAGUUCUUGGUAUCAAUAUUCUUGGCAAAUUUCUUAGCAAUAAGGAUAACAAUAUCCGUUAUGUUGCUUUAAAUACUUUGAUCAAGGUUGUCAAUCUCGAGCCGAACGCUGUUCAGCGGCACAGGAAUACUAUAUUGGAUUGUUUGAGAGAUCCGGAUAUUUCGAUCAGGAGGAGGGCUUUGGAUUUAUCGUUUACGUUGAUCAACGAUAGUAACAUCCGGGUGCUGGUUCGCGAGCUCCUCGCUUUCCUUGAGGUUGCUAAUAAUGAAUUCAAACCCGCGAUGACGACUCAGAUCUGUAUUGCUGCAGAGAAGUUUGCGCCGAAUGAACGUUGGCAUAUUGAUACUGUUUUGAGGGUUCUGAAACUGGCCGGAAAUUUCGUCAAGGAGCAGAUUCUUUCUAGCUUUAUCCGCCUGAUAGCGACAAGCAAGCCAGAAUUGCAAACCUAUUCCGUUCAAAAAUUGUAUUCUGCUCUUCGGACGGAUAUCACACAGGAGGCAUUGACUUUGGCGGGAGCUUGGGUUAUUGGCGAAUACGGCGAUCUUUUGCUCAAGGGCGGUGCCUACGAAGAAGAAGAAUUGGUUCAGGAUGUUAAGGAAUCGGAUAUUGUUGAUCUCCUGACGGGCAUUGUCGAUUCCGCAUAUGUCAACAGUGUCAUUCACGAGUACAUCAUGACCAGCUUGAUGAAGCUUACGACAAGAAUAAACGACCCAAGCCAAAUCGAGAGAGUGCGCCGCGUAUUAAUAGCCAGCUCGGACAGUCUUGAUGUUGAGAUUCAGCAGCGAAGUGUGGAAUACGGCAAUCUCUUUGGACACGAUGGCGUCCGACGGGGUGUUUUGGAGAGAAUGCCUCCGCCAGAAGCUCGGACCGAGGAUAGAGUCCUUAGUGAUACAGGACCUGGUAGUAGAAAGGCGAAGACCAAGGUACCGGCUGCGAAACCGAAGUCAGGCGCUGAUGACUUGCUGGAUCUUUUCAGCGAUGAUGGAGCUGCUGCCCCUGUUGCGCCUCCGACACAAGCCAAUGGACACGCCGACAUCAUGAAUUUGUUUGGUGGAACUUCUCCAAUCGCACAGGCGCCACCUGCCGCUGCAUCUGUGAAUAAUAUCCUGGAUCUAUUCAGCAGUGGACCAUCAGCACCGGCUGCAGCUCCACCAGCGAGCAGUCUGUUAGGGGAUCUUGGAUCUGGAAUUUCGAGCCCUGCUCCUCAACCACAACAAGCACCCGCAGCCAACGCUCAUACCGUGUAUAACAAGAAGGGACUUCUCAUAACUUUGAGCUUACAACGAAAUGCCGAUGGACUGGUUGCCAUCCUUGCUCGCUUUAAGAACAAUAGUUUUUCAGAUGCCAUGCACGGUAUCUCCUUGCAGGCUGCUGUACCGAAGAGUCAGAAGCUGCAGUUGAUGCCUAUUAGCAGCACGGAGUUGCAGCCACAAGGAGAAGCGACACAGCAGAUGAAGGUUCAGGGUAGUCUUAAGCCGCCACUGAGGCUUAGAUUAAGGGUAGCACACGCAACUGGGGCGGAGAACUCCACGGACCAAGUCGACUGGUCUGAGCCAGCUUAA